CGGUCGUGUCGCUUGUGAUCGGGCUUGUCAUGACGCUUCCUAUCAACUUAUUACAGGGCGUAGUGGGAUCCUUAUUCGCUGAACAAAGGGUUACAUUCAACAUUCUUUACAGGCUGUAUAUAUACAUCUACGGCUUCGCGAUGGUAAACCACUUCAGGGGCCUAUGGUAUUUGAUAGACCACCUCACAGGAGUGAACAUCCUCAGCGCGGCUGUUUGCCUCGGAGCUUCCCUCUUGGUCUUCGUCCCUCUCCGUGCAGUGAAUAACAUCGCCGCCUCCCCGUUCAUCACUAACGUAGACAUUCCCCAACAACCCUUUCGGGUAACCACUCGUUUUGGAGUCCAACCGGCCAAGACGUGGCUGUUCGUCGGUGACGUAGUCCUGACCGUGGUGCUGAUUAUAUCCUUAGUCGUACUCGCUUGGCGAGGGAUUUGGCAACUGUUGGACUUCACCAUCUUCCCAUCAGAUCAGACUCGUUCUACAUGGACUUGUUUAGGCAUCGGAUACGCUAUCUUCAUAACUGUUGUUGUUUUAGAAUCACCGACGUCGUGCCUUGUAAGAAAAAUAAAGGGUUUUUACGUUGGCCUGGCGGUAGAGAUGGUUUUCACCUUCGUCAGUGGAGUAGGGAGUGUAGCGGUGUGGCGCGGGCUGUGGCUGAUGUACGACGUUUACGUGUUACCCGACCAGCCUGUCGUAAGUUACUGGGUCACUCACGGGGUCGGUAUCGUAGGUCUGUUCAUCAUACUGGCGGGACGGAGCGCGCUGGUCACCGGGUGUGGGGUGGAUGGGAAGGAGGACGGCAGCGGAGUGAGACUGGGCCGAUACCUCGAGCAGAUCUGUCCCAAACUGAUACAAAAGCUCAUCUCUGGAUCAGCAAGUCCGGAAAAUGUCCAAUACGAAGAAACUCGCCUGUAAUCAUAUAUAUCAUGCACUUUUUUACUCUGCGUGGCCUUAGUAGAAAAUGGAUUGCUUUGAAUUGUAGUAUUAUUGUACCCAAUGCAAGGACUAAAACACUGAAGAAAACUUUCCUGGACUGUGCUAUUAGACGUUAUGAUGAGUCAGUGUGCCACACGUUUGCUUAUCUCGCCUUGUCAAUGAAGUGUAUGCAAGGACACGUUCUCCUUGGUGUAUGUAAUGCGCUUGUGUUUCAGUUGUUUUUUUGUAACAAAACUGUACAUCAAUUCAGGGCAAGACACGGCAGUGCCUCCGUGAAUAUGUUAAGUUAUAUAUGAUUUGUAUUAUGUAAUAAAGAAAGAUGUUAAAUUUCUUCAGCUGUCUCUUUAUACAUUGGGAUGAUAAAAGGGAUGCUUUUCAUACACAGAUGAAACUUGCAACACAAGGCAAAAGAAGGCAAAUGUAUACAGCACAUUUUAAUCAUAUUUAUUCCAUAUGAGGCAAAAGGUUUUGAUACAAUCCUGAAUAUUUGCCUCCAACAAAUAUAUUUAUAGUUAACAAAUCACAAACUUGGCAAGUGUGAUAAAACAUCUACUUUCUCUCUCUCUGCAACACUGUGCUACUUACAGUAUACAAAAUAUAACAUUUUAAUAUGGAACAGUAAAAAAAAAAAA